GACUACAAUUUUUACCUAUAUCUCAAAAGUAGUUUAACUAUUUCUACAUUGUCAUAACUACAAUAAUCCAAAUAUCAAUCUCUCAAUUAAACAUGUCAAUUAGUGUAGAGGCCUGUAGUCGCCUAAGCUCGCCCAACUCUAAAAAAUUAUUAGGGUUAGACUUAGUUUUAUAAGUCCAAUAAAAUAAUUAGGUCUUACGGAUUAAGCCUAUUUGGGCUUUGGAUAUUUUGGGUCUAAUUCCGUUUGAGCUGGGACAGGUCCAAAAACCAAAAAAAUUAUAUUUUUCUUUUAAAUAUUAUCAUUUUGCAAUCAAAACUAUUAUUAAUAUUAACAUAUUAUUUUAAUAUUUUGAUCCAAAUCCUAGUAAAGCAAAUAUGAAAGUUGAUAAUGUACCUUAUUGUUUGAUCAUUAGAAGUGUCGCAUUUUAAAUUUUGCAAAUGUAUCGUCUUCUUUUACGUCCAACAUGUUUUCUUUUCAAAAUAUAAAGUAUGAAACGUUUGACCAUGUUUAUCAUAAAUUUUGUUCUCUUAUAUAUUUUAUUUUAAUCUAUGUUUGAUUAUUUAAAUUUUAUUAAAUUUGAGUUGUUUAUAAUAUGUUUUUAAAGCAUACGAAAAAAUAAAACAUUUUUGACAAAGAAGAAAAGUUUAAACUCAUUUAUAUUUUAAAAUAAAAAAUUGAAACUCAUGUAUAAAAACGAUAGAAGUGAUAAUAACAAAUUAUCUUUCGAAAAGUCAAAAAAAAAAACCCCCGAAAAACCAUAUAAGGGACAGGCCUGACUAAAAAGUUCAUUUUCACUUACCUAUGUUAACUAUACUUUUAACUUGAAUACCUUUUUAAUUUUAGUUUAAAUAAUAUUUUAUGUUUUUAAAAUUUAAAUUUGCAUAACAAUAUAAAAAAAUAUUUAAUUGAUGUUUAUAUAAUAAGUCUUAGUUUAUAUUUAAUUAAAUUAAUUACUAACUUGAAAGAUAAAACUUUCCUAUUUUGAUGUGAUUUCAGUUUAUCAAAGAUAAUUCAAAAAGCAUAUUUUGAAUUGUACCAUUAAGUUGCUUGUUUUAUUUAUUUAUGAAAAUUAGUCUAUGUUGUUCAAAACCCUAAAUCUAAUAUAUAUGGAUUCAUGUUGAGACAAAGACUUUUAUAUCCAACUUUUAUAUCCAUAAAAAGGUUUGUAUGAAUACAAAAGUCUCCCCAUAAAGAAGAAAAUAGGACAAAAUUACCCAAUUCUGCACAAACUAGUGGCAAAUUAGCUAAACUUAAAGGACCUAUAUGCAAAUAAGCAAGAGUUCGAAAUUCAAUUGACCUCAAAGUUGCGGAAAAUUACAGAGAAAACCAGAGAAGGCAUAUAAACCGUGGGAGAGGUGUUUCCCCCACAAUCGAAGAGGACGACAGGUUUCAGUCAAACGAGUCUGUUUCCCAUUGACGUAACCAUUUGACUGCUCCCUUUCCCUUUCUCUCUCUCUCGCCCGUUCGUCUCUCCUUCCUCCGGGUCACUAUGAGCAACAAAGACGAGGCUCUUCGAGCCAAAGGGUUAGCAGAAGACUGGAUGAGUAAAUCAGACUUCCCCACUGCUCGUAGAGUCGCUGUCAAGGCUCAGAAGAUGGACGAGACGCUUGAGAACAUCGCCCACAUGAUAAUGGUCUGCGAUGUUCACUGCGCGGCGCAGGAGAAGUCCGGUGACGAGACUGACUGGUACAAGAUUCUUCAGGUUGAGUAUAAUGCAGACGACAACGCCAUCAAGAAACAGUACAGGAAGUUCGCGCUUCAUCUCCAUCCUGACAAGAACAAGCUCCCCGGAGCUGAAGCUGCUUUCAAGAUGAUUGGGGAAGCUCAGAGGGUUCUUUUGGAUAAAGACAAGAGGAGGCUUCAUGACAUGAAACGCAAAUCUUUCAAGAGGCAUGCACCAGGAGUACCUUCUUAUCAACCGCAGCCACAACAACACGCUCCCCCGCCUAGGCCUUUUUACACUGCGCCUGUCUUUAAUGCGGCGAGGACCAACCAGGCUCAAGCUCAACCUCAAGCUCAGGCUCCUCAACCGACUGGUUUCAGUGAAAGCAGGACCUUUUGGGCCUGUUGCGCCUUUUGUCACAUAAAGCAUGAGUGUGUGAAGGAGUUUCUACACAAGCAAGUGAUUUGUCCGAGCUGUGGUAAGCUGUCCGUUGCUUUUCAAACCGCUUUCCAGGCUCCACCGGCUCAGCCGACGUUCUCCUUCUACCAACAGAGCAAAGCUCCAGCUCAAGAGGCAGCAGCGCAUAAGCAGCAUCCUGAGAGCUCUGUCAGAGUCUCCCCAAGGAAAGAGGCUACUAAAGCAAGAAGCUCUGGAAGUUCUGCUGAGCACAUCAAUGGGAAUGGAAAGAGGAAGAAGAUAGUUGAAUCUGAUGACAGCGAGGGUAGCUUUGAGUGUGAAGAAGUUGCAGCGACUGGUGGACAGCGUUCUAGAAAGUCGGUCCGUAGCAAGCAGAAGGUUUCAUAUGAAGAGACCUUGCCCAAUGGUAGAAACAGGAAGGAGAAGGCUAAAGAUGACCAAGUGGGAAGCUCAAGGGGAUCUCGUGCAUCAGACUUAGAGAUUCUCCAGUGUGCUGAUCCUGACUUCACAAACUUUGACAAGUUAAGAGAAGAGAGCUCUUUCAAAGCUGGCCAGAUAUGGGCGAUGUAUGAUGACAAGGAUAAAAUGCCUCGUUACUAUGCCAACAUCAGGAAAGUCAUAAGGAAACCUAACUUCACGCUCAAGAUAACGUGGCUAGAGCACAAACCGGAUGAUGAGAGAGCAAAAGGGUGGGCUCGCAGAAAGUUACCUGUAUCCGUUGGUAAGUACCAGCUCGUCGGAGAUGACAACGCAAGCGAAACUCCAUCCUUCUCUCACCUGAUCAGUCCCACAGUAAGAGGCAGCAAAGACGUUGUCUGUGUGUAUCCAAUGAUGGGAGAAACGUGGGCUCUGUUCAAGAACUGGGACAUCAACUGGCCCUCUGCUAGUGGCCGGGGUCAUGAGUAUAAGUAUGAGUUCGUUGAGGUCUUGUCGGAAUACGCUGAAGGGUUGCCUAUAACGGUUGCGUUUCUGCGUAAAGUAAAAGGCUUUGCAAGUGUCUUUCAUCGAGUUGCUGCAGCUGCGUUUCAGAUUCCUCCUCAUGAGCUGCUUAGAUUUUCUCACAGCAUCCCUUCUACUAAACUGACGGGGAGAGAAAGGAGCGGUGUUCCCGUUGGUUCGUAUGAGCUUGAUACAGCUGCGUUACCACAAAUGAUAGAAGGAGGUGGAGAAGAAGCUGUUCCUGUGGUGAGAUCAAACCAAGCUCGCCUUCAUCGCUCUCCUCCGGCUUCAUCAGAGCCAGACUGUGUCGUCAUUCCUAACUUCGAGUUCCAUGACUUCACCGCGGAGAGAUCAGAGGGGAAGUUCACAGCUGGUCAGAUAUGGUCGUUGAACUGCAGAGAGGAAGGCUUGCCUAAGUACUACGCCAAGAUUCAGAAGGUGGAGUGGAGGCCAGUGUUUAAGCUUCAGAUCAACAAGCUAGAGCUGGACUCACUUCCCGAGAAUGUCACACAGUGGAGGGACAAGAGAAUGCCAGUUACUUGUGGGAGAUUCACCUUGAAGGAAGGUCAGCAGAGAGAGACGCUCACUAAGGUGAAUGGCUUUUCGCAUCAGAUAAAGGCACAACAAGAGAGUAGUAACAAAACCAAGUACACGAUCCUCCCCAAGACUGGUGAUAUUUGGGCAAUGUACAAGAACUGGAGCGAUGCAAUCAAAGUGACGAGCUUGAAGAAGUGUGGUUACGAGGUUGUUGAAGUUCUUGACGACGACGAGAGCCACAUUGAGGUUAUGAUGUUGGAGCGGGUGGAGGGGUUUACUUCGGUGUUCAAGGAGAAAGUGGAAGGAGGCGUGGAUGUGAGGAAGACGAUCCCGAGGUGUGAGCUGUUGAGGUUUUCGCAUUAUGUUCCUGCAUUCAGGCUGACUGGUGAAAGAGGUGGAGCGGUAAGAGGGUAUGUGGAGCUGGAUUGUACUGCGUUGUCUCGUAACUUGCUCAGAUCUUAGACUAUGUUAGUCGUUUGGUGGUAGUAGUGGUGGUAAUGGACUUUGUGUUUUGUGCAAGAGUGUCUUAGCUUUUAAUGUUUUAGAUUCAGACGGAUCUGUCUUUUGACUCUAGCUUUAGUCGAUCUGGUGAAAUAUCCUUUUAGCUUAUUUGUUCUUCUUGCUGUCUUUAUUUUCAUAACAUAUCUUGACGUUGUCUUAA